AAGCCUUGAAAGGCUUAAACCCUCAGACUCAGUCCUCUCCUCUGCUUCUUCUUUCCCUUCCUCCGUUCAAAUUCAAGCCCGGAGACAGAGAGCGAGAGGCAGGGCCGGCAUUCCUCGAAAACCCAAAGGGGCAUUUCCGGUACAGAAAAAAACAUGUCUUGCGCCACCACCGCCGCUUUCGACCUCGUAUCUUGUCUGAAACGACAUAGCACCGCCACUGCCAUUAACCACGUGCCACUUCCGAAGCCGUUCGUACGCUGUCGUUUCAGUUACUCUUCGUCUUCGGCGUCGUUCUCUGUGGGACCCCUCUACUCCAGCCCCGCCAAUAACCAGUCGCGUUGUUUCGACGGCUCUCGAUCGUUCUACUGCUCUGCCCUGAAAUCACAGCCGUCGGCUUCCCUUGGCGUCCAGACCACUCCUCCGUCUGAAGAAGAGAGGGUGGUGGUUUUGGUCAUUGGUGGAGGGGGAAGAGAACAUGCACUUUGCUAUGCCUUGCAGCGAUCUCCCUCCUGUGAUGCAGUAUUCUGUGCGCCUGGUAAUGCCGGGAUAUCCAACUCAGGAAAUGCCACUUGUAUUUCGGACCUUGACAUCUUGGAUAGUGCAGCUGUAAUAUCCUUCUGCCGCAAAUGGGGUGUGGGAUUGGUUGUUGUGGGACCAGAGGCUCCUCUUGUUUCAGGCCUUGUAAAUGAUCUAGUUAAGGCUGGAAUCCCUACAUUUGGUCCUUCAGCCGAGGCUGCUGCUUUGGAGGGUUCCAAGAACUUCAUGAAGAAUUUAUGUAACAAAUAUGGAAUCCCUACUGCAAAGUAUAAAACAUUUACAGAUCCAUCUACAGCAAAGCAAUACAUUCAAGAGCAAGGGGCACCAAUUGUUAUCAAAGCAGAUGGAUUGGCAGCUGGAAAAGGAGUUGUCGUUGCUAUGACUGUGGAGGAAGCAUAUGAAGCUGUCGAUUCAAUGCUGGUAAAGGGCACUUUUGGUUCUGCUGGUUGCCGUGUCAUUGUUGAAGAGUGUCUGGAAGGAGAAGAAGUAUCUUUUUUUGCCUUAGUGGAUGGAGAGAAUGCCCUUCCUUUAGAGUCUGCUCAGGACCAUAAACGAGUUGGGGAUGGUGAUACAGGGCCCAAUACGGGUGGGAUGGGGGCAUACUCUCCUGCACCCAUCUUAACAGAGGAACUUCAGUCGUUGGUCAUGAAAUCCAUAAUUCUCCCUACAGUGAAAGGAAUGGCUGAAGAGGGGUGCAAGUUUGUUGGGGUUUUGUAUGCUGGCCUCAUGAUCGAGAAAAAGUCUGGCUUACCAAAGCUAAUUGAGUACAACGUGCGAUUUGGAGAUCCAGAGUGUCAGGUCUUGAUGGUUCGAUUGGAGUCGGAUCUGGCACAAGUUCUGCUUGCAGCUUGUAGAGGAGAGCUAAGUGGAGUAUCCUUGAGCUGGUCCCCAGGGUCUGCCAUGGUGGUGGUAAUGGCAAGUAAGGGCUACCCUGGGGCAUAUGAGAAGGGAACUGUGAUUCGGAACCUUGAAGAUGCACAGCAUGUUGCUCCAUGUGUUCAGAUAUUUCAUGCUGGAACAACCCAAGACUCGGAAGGCAACUUCAUUGCUGUUGGGGGACGUGUUCUUGGGGUUACAGCCAAGGGAAGAGACCUUGAAGAGGCACGAGAUCGAGCUUACCAGGCUGUUGAUGAAAUCAACUGGCACGGCGGAUUCUGCAGGCGGGAUAUCGGUUGGAGAGCACUUCCCCAUAAACAAUUUGCUACAAAAGGGUGAACUAGUCCAAAGAUUGAACGGAAAAAGUCCAGCAUUUCUCGAUACAUGGAAUCCCUAAAUGGAAAAAAUGUUUGAAAUAGCAAAAUAGAUAUGUAAGCCAAAAAAGGAUGCAGCACGUUUGUUUAUACUUUGCAAAUGUGAAUGUUUCAAGUAAUUUGGAGUGAAAUUUUGAAUGCGAAGUCCACCAGUAUUGGGCAAACUAUAAUUUGGAGUUCACCUGCUUGGGGUAGGUAGGCAGGCCCUACACCUGUAUUUUUUUAUGGGGCAGUUCGAGCCAAAUUGUAGACAAACUCGAUCCUGAAAAGUUAUGUUUAUGUAACAAAUUUGAGAUUUUCA